UAUAUAUGUGGGAGUAAGAUACUUACGCGUAAUUGUACUUUCUCUCUUCAGAUACGCGUUCCGUUCUUUUCGAUUACCCAAACCUAAGCCUCAGAACCAAAAACUCGCUAGGGUUCAUAAUCGCGUUUCAACCAAUCUCUUCGUGUAAUUGAUAUAACUUAUGUAAGCUUAUACACAAGCACCUGUGCUAUAAGCCGAAAGUAAGCUGUUUAUCCAAACAGGGCCUUAGUGUUGAGAAGUUGGAAAUUGAGGAUACUGACCCAUGCCCGAACAUAUCAAAUGUCCCUGCAAGUGUUUACCAUGAGUUACAUAUGGGACUGUACUUAUGGGACAAUGAUAAGCACUUCACUUUAAAUGGAUGUACUUGUGAUGGAAAUGAAACAGAAUGAGGUUGUGAUUUCAUAUUCAUAACUCCGCCGAGAGUUAACAUUUGACAAUUGUGUAACUGUUGGAGUGAGAGGGGUAAUACAUUUUCUGACUCAAUCAUGGAGAUACAGACUUCUGGCAGGCCAAUUGAGUCCUUGCUAGAGAAAGUCCUUUGCAUGAAUAUUCUGUCAUCUGAUUACUUCAAAGAACUUUAUCGAUUAAAAACAUACCAUGAAGUUAUCGAUGAGAUAUACAAUCAAGUUGAUCAUGUGGAACCAUGGAUGACGGGGAACUGUCGUGGUCCUUCAACUGCUUUCUGUCUUCUUUACAAGUUUUUCACCAUGAAGCUCACUGUCAAGCAGAUGCAUGGGCUAUUGAAACACCCUGAUUCUCCUUACAUAAGAGCGGUUGGAUUUCUCUAUCUGAGAUAUUAUGCUGAUCCAAAGACUCUGUGGAGCUGGUUUGAGCCAUAUGCAAAGGAUGAUGAGGAAUUUUCUCCUGGAUCUAAUGGACGGAUGACUACGAUGGGUGUAUAUAUCCGUGAUUUGCUCCUUGGACAGUACUACUUCGACACACUUUUUCCUCGCAUCCCAGUUCCUGUAAUGCGACAGGUUGUGGCGAAUCUGGAAAAGUUGAAGCUCCCUACUACACAUUGUGGUACGACAGGGGAAACCACCCGUCACGGUUCUGAUGACACUGCCCGUAGACCACCUUCUGUGAAAGCUGCCCUUUCAGUCUCUUUUGGUCAGCGUGCGCCACAUCGAGCCUCUACAAGGGAUUCUUCACCCAUUCGUCGUACGGUACCUGCUCCUCAUGAAAAAAAUGGCACUGAUGACAUAAGAAGAUCUCCCAGCAAUCAUCGCAGUCAGAGCCGUGAAUAUCCUGAAAGGGAUAGGGACAGGGAGCGGUCACGCUCCAGGGACAGGGACCGAGAAAGGGAUAGGGAGCGUGAUAGGGACAGAUAUUAUGACCGAGAUAGGAACAAGGACCGAGAUGCUGAAAGAUACAGGGAUUGGGACCGGGAUAGGGACUAUGAAAGGGACAGAUCCAGGAGGGAUAGGGACCGAGAGAGAAGUUAUGAUUAUGAUAGGAGGUCUAAGUACGCAGAGAGAGAAAGUAGCCGGGAUUAUGACAACAGUAUUGGCAAUGGUAGUAGGCGCCAUCGUAGUAGGAGUCGGAGUAGAAGUAGGAGCAGGAGCCGAAGUCAGAGCCAAGUUGGCACCGCACGCCAUGACUCACGCUCUAGUCCACAGAGAGAUGGAAGUAAGAAGACUUCUGCAUCAAGUAAUCUAGCUAAACUUAAAGAUUUGUACGGUGAUUUAGGUGAAAGCAAAGGAGAUGCCAACAUGGAAAGAAUUCCUAGAAGGGAUAAUAGCGGUGAAGAGGUUAUUAGACUUGGUGGCUCUUCUUGGAAGUACUGAGAAUGAUCACAGAAUGCUUGUAUCUGAUGCCGGAUAACUGUUCCAUUGAAAAAGAGCAUAUUGGAUUUUUCCUUUUCAUUGCCUUUUAUUAUCACUUGGUUGACAUAAGUUAUAGGUUGAUGAAUGCCAUCUAUAUUUAGCAUAUAUAGAUAAUGUAUACUAAAUUUAUUUCUGGUACAUUGAAUUCCCUGCUUUGUAAUUGCAAGUUUUAGACUUGAUGAUCAUUUUAUGGAGACUUGAAGUACCAUGCUUCCAUUGUUCAGUUGAAACUAUGUUAUGAAAGACUUAAUUCAUGUUCUAAUGUUGAACACCUUUA